CAACUUGCCAAGGAAGGCUUCAUGGCCAUGGCUUACCUCCCCGUUUUCGUCUUCCUGUUCAUGGUUGUCUUAUGCCAAUCCGAUGACAGGCUAACACCUGCAAAGCCACUCUUGCCCAACGAGGUGCUCAUCUCAGGCGGUGGUGUCUUUGCUCUUGGCUUCUUCUCCCUGAAGAACUCUUCAAGGUCUUAUGUCGGCAUAUGGUACAACAACAUUCCCGAGCGCACAUACGUGUGGAUUGCCAACCGCGACAACCCAAUUACCACCAAUGUGCCUGGGAAGCUAGUUUUUACCAACAGUUCUGACCUUGUCUUGUUAGACUCCACAGGCCGCACCAUCUGGACGACGACAAACAACUAUACCGCAGGAGGAGGCGGUGAAACUGCUUCCAUCCUGCUCGACUCGGGGAACUUGGUUAUCCGGUUGCCAAAUGGCACCGACAUAUGGGAGAGCUUCAGUUACCCGACUGACACAAUUGUCCCCAAUGUAAAUUUUUCACUGAACGUAGCUUCCAGCGCUACGCUCCUUGUUGCCUGGAAGGGACCUGAUGACCCAUCCAGUAGUGAUUUCUCCAUGGGUGGCGACCCUAGCUCAGGUCUCCAGAUUAUCGUUUGGAAUGGGACACAGCCAUACUGGAGAAGAGCCGCAUGGGGUGGUGAACUGGUGCACGGCAUAUUCCAAAACAACACAAGCUUCAUGAUGUACCAGACAGUUGUCGAUACAGGAGACGGGUAUUACAUGCAAUUGACUGUGCCUGAUGGCUCACCUAGCAUACGCUUAACUUUGGAUUACACAGGCAUGUCCACUUUCCGAAGAUGGAACAACAACACGUCUUCGUGGAAAAUCUUUAGCCAAUUCCCCUAUCCAUCAUGUGACAGGUAUGCCUCUUGUGGCCCAUUUGGCUACUGCGAUGACACAGUACCUGUUCCUGCAUGCAAGUGCCUUGAUGGUUUUGAGCCCAAUGGUCUUGAUUCUUCCAAAGGAUGUCGGAGAAAGGAUGAGCUGAAAUGUGGUGACGGAGAUAGUUUCUUCACCUUGCCCAGCAUGAAGACUCCUGACAAGUUCUUAUACAUCAAGAACAGAAGCCUUGACCAAUGCGCUGCAGAGUGCAGGGACAACUGCUCAUGCACAGCGUAUGCUUAUGCUAACCUGCAAAAUGUUGACACCACGAUUGACACGACAAGGUGCUUGGUCUCAAUCAUGCACAGCGUAAUUGAUGCUGCAGUGACACUUGCCUGUAAUUGAUGCUGCCUCAAUCGGUCUCAAUUCUAGGCAAAGACCAUCCAAUGUGUGGUGAUAGAUUUUUGACAGUGUUAUUCUCUUUGUGGACUACAUUUGUGCAGUUAGUAAGAAUAAGAAGAGUACCACAUUGAAGAUUGUACUCCCGAUUAUGGCUGGUUUGAUUCUUCUAAUAACAUGCACAUGGCUUGUAUUCAAGCCAAAAGGUAGGACACUACUUCAUUUUUCAGAGUGCAGUGUUAAUGAGGUACUCAUAAAAACGAGACUGAUAUCAAUGUGUCCGUUCCUGCCAGACAAACACAAAAGCAAGAAAAGUCAGUACACACUGCAACACUCGGAUGCUUCCAACAGGUUUGAGAACGAAAAUUUGGAAUUUCCAUCAAUUGCCUUAGAAGACAUCAUCGUUGCGACAAACGACUUCUCUGAUUUUAACAUGCUUGGAAAAGGUGGAUUCGGAAAAGUUUACAAGGCAAUGUUGGAAGGUGGCAAGGAAGUAGCUGUCAAAAGGCUCAGUAAAGGCUCUACACAGGGGGUCGAGGAAUUUAGAAAUGAAGUAGUUCUGAUUGCUAAACUGCAGCACAGAAACUUAGUUAGACUUCUUGAUUGCUGCAUUCAUAAAGAUGAGAAGUUACUGAUAUAUGAAUACUUACCAAACAAAAGCUUGGACGCCUUCCUUUUUGAUGCUACAAGGAAAUCUUUGCUUGAUUGGCCAUCCCGUUUCAAAAUAAUUAAAGGUGUAGCACGAGGACUUCUUUAUCUCCACCAGGAUUCAAGAUUAACGAUAAUUCAUAGAGAUCUCAAAGCAAGCAACAUCUUGUUAGACACAGAAAUGAGUCCCAAGAUAUCGGAUUUCGGUAUGGCGAGGAUUUUUGGUGGAAAUGAGCAACAUGCAAACACUACUCGAGUUGUUGGAACAUAUGGUUACAUGUCUCCUGAAUAUGCUAUGGAAGGCUCAUUCUCUGUCAAGUCUGACACCUAUAGCUUUGGUGUUCUACUACUGGAGAUUGUAAGCGGCUUAAAGAUUGGCUCACCCCAUCUGAUAAUGGACUAUCCAAAUCUCAUUGCUUAUGCAUGGAGCUUAUGGGAAGGUGGAAAUGCAAGGGAAUUGGUGGACUCGUCGGUUCUGGGACCCACGGCGGAGCAUUGGGUGAACGUCAAUAGUCCUCCAAACAUGCAGCAAAUCACCCCAUGGAGCCUGAAUAAUGUACAUGGUUUCACAUACAGGAUACUUGAGCCGGUACAUAAUUACUAUCAUUUUAACAAGGGAUGCGGUAAGAUCAAACACAUCAAUUUCUCCAAAGUAAUUCACUGCAUACAAAAGACCAUCCACAUAUGUGUAGUCUUUAUAUUCGCGACCUUGUCCAACCCAGGUCCACUUGUCAUCUCCCGGUCGUGCAAACGAAAGCUGUGAAUAUGGCUUGUGAAUAAGAACCACGAUGUAGCUUCCAGUGGUGGAUGGAUCAGGAAACACAAAUGCCUUGAAGUAGAGCUCAUCGCACAGAUCGCUGAGAUCAAACAGCUCGGGUGGUGUCUCAUAUGGCAACUCGUACAUAUGGAUCGUACCUGAUGCAUCAAAGACGGGCUUCACAUGCUCUAUGGUAAUCACAAAGGGAAGUGCAACCUAUUCUCCAGUUAUGGGAUUCACAAGGUGCAGCUCAGACCUCUCAUCUGCAGUAAUCAACCAACCAUUGGAGGACCCGAUCAGUAACCUACUGCGGAUGGGUGGCUCCGGUAGAGUUAACUUGUAGGACCUAUUUUCCUUGAGCCUGUAUAGAUACCCUACGUUGCUACCGGCAGAUUCACAAGUGUAGAACAGGCAUGGUGUCUGGGGUUGCUUGUAUUGCCCUAGGUCGAGCAAGCAUUUGUAGGUAGCAUGCCAUGACGAGCAAACCGAGCCUGCUCGAAUGAGGUCAGGGACCUCAAGUGUACCAAAGAUGUCCAUCAACACAUCCUGUGGCAGCUCAGGCAAUGCAGCAGCAUCCAAUUCCAUCA